ACCCCUCUUGAUAGAGCCCAAGCAGCCAAGAACAAAGGAAACAAAUAUUUUAAAGCAGGCAAAUAUGAGCAAGCUAUUCAGUGUUAUACUGAGGCCAUCAGCCUGUGCCCUUCUGAGAAAAACCUUGAUCUUUCUACUUUCUAUCAAAAUAGAGCUGCUGCCUAUGAGCAACUGCAAAAAUGGACAGAAGUGGCACAAGACUGCACAAAGGCUGUUGAGCUUAAUCCUAAAUAUGUAAAAGCUCUCUUCAGACGCGCAAAAGCUCAUGAGAAGCUAGACAACAAGAAAGAAUGUUUAGAAGAUGUCACUGCAGUCUGCAUUUUAGAAGCCUUUCAAAACCAACAAAGUAUGUUAUUAGCUGAUAAAAUUCUUAAACUUCUUGGAAAAGAAAAGGCCAAAGAGAAGUACAAGAAUCGUGAGCCUCUGAUGCCCUCACCACAGUUCAUUAAAUCCUACUUCAGUUCUUUCACAGAUGAUAUAAUCUCCCAACCUUUGCUUAAGGGUGAGAAAUCAGAUGAAGAUAAGGAUAAGGAGGGAGAGGCUUCUGAAGUAAAAGAAAACUCCGGUUAUUUGAGAGCAAAACAAUAUAUGGAAGAGGAGAACUAUGACAAGAUUAUCAGUGAAAGCACAAAAGAAAUUGAAGCAAAGGGAAAAUACCUGGCAGAAGCUUUGCUUCUCCGAGCUACUUUCUACUUACUUAUUGGCAACGCAAAUGCUGCUAAACCUGACCUAGAUCAGGUCAUCAGUAUGGAAGAUGCAAAUGUGAAGCUCCGAGCUAAUGCUCUGAUCAAACGAGGAAGUAUGUAUAUGCAGCAGCAGCAGCCUGUGCUGUCCACUCAAGACUUUAACAUGGCUGCUGAUAUUGACCCUCAGAAUGCAGAUGUUUACCAUCAUCGAGGACAACUGAAAAUCCUGCUUGACCAAAUUGAAGAGGCUGUGGAAGACUUUGAUGAAUGUAUUCGAUUGCGACCCGAUUCUGCCUUGGCUCAAGCACAGAAAUGUUUCGCCCUGUAUCGCCAAGCUUAUACAGGAAAUAAUCCUUUGCCUGUGCAAGUAGCCAUGAAAGGGUUUGAAGAUGUCAUAAAAAAAUUUCCAAAGUGUGCUGAAGGCUAUGCACUCUAUGCUCAGGCACUAACUGAUCAACAGCAGUUUGGCAAGGCUGACGAAAUGUAUGAUAAAUGCAUUGACCUUGAACCAGACAAUGCUACUACGUAUGUUCAUAAAGGUUUACUUCAGCUCCAGUGGAAGCAAGAUUUAGACAAAGGGUUAGAACUCAUAAGCAAGGCCAUUGAAAUUGAUAACAAAUGUGAUUUUGCAUAUGAAACCAUGGGAACGAUUGAAGUGCAAAGAGGCAAUCUGGAUAAAGCCAUUGAAAUGUUCAACAAAGCUAUCAACCUGGCCAAAUCCGAAAUGGAGAUGGCCCACCUCUACUCCCUCUGUGAUGCUGCCUAUGCCCAGACAGAAGUUGGAAAGAAGUAUGGAUUGAAACCACCAACACUGUAAAGAAACAAGGAGGAAAUGACCUUCUAAAGUGAAGUUGCCCACUUCAGCCAGCCCUAGAGACGCUGUUGCAGACCAUGUUGAAUGGCGGAACUUAGUUUUUUCCCCUUCGUGGUGUUGUCAUUUGCUACAUCUGUUAAAUGUUUAGGUGUUGUGGGAGUGGUUGUUUAAGGAAGUAUGCGGUGUUGCUUCUUGGUCCUUCUGCAGCAAAAAACCUUAAAGCGUGUUAAGGGAAAUAAAGUUGCAGGGGAACAAAAGGAAGAUAUUUUGGCCAUGCAGAUAAAAACUUCACACUG